UUAUCCCGCAUAGAACACUCCGUUGCAGAACAAAUUGAGAAGAAAGAGGCGAUCGAAAAGAAACAAAAGCCGGAGAAACUGUCAAACAUUUCAAUCAUUAUAUAAUUAACUUGGAUUCCUACCUAGCUAGAAUAUUACUGCCCAAAUCGCAAGGAAUAUAGCGGAGAGGAGUAGAGGAGAAGGGAUGGCCGACGUCGUCGACGUAGCUGUUGAGAAGAAGCCCUCUACCGCGGCGGAUGAAUCGAUGGAGGAGGAAGAGGAGUCGCCGGUGGAGGAGGUUCGGAUGACGGUGGCGACGACGGACGACCCGUCAAUGCCGGUGUGGACGUUCCGGAUGUGGACGCUGGGGCUGGCGUCCGUGUGCCUGCUUUCCUUCUUCAACCAGUUCUUCUCCUACCGGACAGAGCCGCUGGUGAUCACGCAGAUCACGGUGCAGGUGGCGGCGCUGCCGCUGGGGCACUUCCUGGCGAGGAUGCUACCGACUCGGCGGUUCCGGGUGCCGCUGAUAGGGGAGUGCUCCCUCAACCCGGGGCCUUUCAACAUGAAGGAGCACGUGCUGAUCUCCAUCUUCGCCAACGCCGGCUCCUCCUUCGGCAACGGCUCCGCCUACGCCGUCGGCAUCGUCAACAUCAUCAGGGCCUUCUACAAGAGAAGCAUCAGCUUCCACGUCGCCUGGCUCCUCAUCAUCACCACCCAGGUUUUGGGCUACGGUUGGGCCGGCGUGAUGAGAAAGUUCGUGGUGGAGCCGGCGCACAUGUGGUGGCCGAGCACGCUGGUCCAGGUCUCGCUCUUCCGGGCGCUGCACGAGAAGGACGCGAAAGGAUGCCGCAGCAUCUCCAGAGCCAAGUUCUUCGUCAUCGCCCUCAUCAGCAGCUUCUCCUGGUACCUGAUCCCCGGCUACUUCUUCCCCAUGAUCACCAGCAUCUCUUGGCUCUGCUGGUGCUUCCCCCACUCCGUCACCGCCCAACAGAUCGCCUCCGGCAUGAGCGGCCUCGGCAUCGGCGCCGUCACCUUCGACUGGUCCACCGUCGCCUCCUUCCUCGGCAGCCCGCUGGUGACCCCCUUCUUCGCCAUCGCCAACGUCUUCAUCGGCUUCUCCCUCUGCGUCUACCUCUCCAUUCCUCUCGGCUACUGGGGCCUCAACAUGGCCAACUCCAAAACCUUCCCUCUCUACUCCAGGAAGCUCUUCGCUGAUAACGGCCAACGCUACGACAUCAAAUCCAUCGUCAAUUCCAACUUCGAACUCGACUUGGAGGCCUACGAAAGGAUUGGAAGGAUCAACCUGAGCUGGUUCUUCGUCAUGACCUAUGGCUUCGGAUUCGCUGCCAUUGCAUCCACCCUCACCCACGUCCUCUUAUUCUAUGGAAAGGAGAUACGUGAUCGCUUCCGUGCUUCGUAUGCGGAGAAGCCCGACAUCCACACGAAGCUAAUGAAAAAGUACGAGGCCAUUCCGGGGUGGUGGUUCCACUCGUUGCUCGCCGUGACAUUUGUGAUCUCCGCCAUUCUCUGCACUGUGUUCAAGAAUCAAGUGCAGCUGCCUCUCUGGGGGCUCAUUUUCGCCUGCGCCAUGGCUUUCUUCUUCACCCUCCCUGUUAGCAUCAUCACAGCGACCACCAACCAGACUCCGGGCAUCAACAUCAUCACGGAGUAUAUGUGGGGUUUGAUUCAACCGGGAAAGCCCAUUGCCAACGUUUGCUUCAAGACGUACGGUCUGAUGAGCAUGGUUCAGGCCGUCACCUUCCUCUCUGACUUCAAGCUCGGCCAUUACAUGAAGAUUCCUCCCAAGUCCAUGUUUCUGGUGCAGCUGGUAGGCACUGUGAUCGCGGCGACGAUAAACUUGGCCGUCGCGUUCUUGAUGCUCAGCUCGAUCGAGAACAUCUGCGACAGCAACUUGCUGCUGGCGAACAGCCCGUGGAAGUGCCCUAACUACGAGAUCUUCUACGACGCGUCGGUGAUCUGGGGCCUCGUUGGUCCUCGGCGCAUCUUUGGGCCGCAGGGCCACUACGACUCCCUCAACUGGUUCUUCCUCGUGGGGGCCCUCGGCCCUGUCAUCGUUUGGGGUUUCCACAAGAUGUUCCCGGAGAAGACGUGGAUCCCGUUGAUCAACCUGCCGGUGAUACUGGGAGCCGGGUCGAUGAUGCCGGCGUCCACCAUCAACUACAUGUCGUGGGUGGCGGUGGGGACGGUGUUCAACUUCUUCGUGUACCGGUACCGGAAGAGGUGGUGGAAGAGGUACAAUUACGUGCUGUCGGCGGCGCUGGAUGGGGGCGUGGCGUUCAUGGCUGUCCUGCUCUACUUUUCGUUGAACAUGGAGAACCGGAGCAUCAACUGGUGGGGAUCCAGGGACGACAGCGUGAAUUGCCCGCUGGCUACGUGUCCUACGGCGAAGGGAGUGGUGGUCGAGGGAUGCCCUGUCUUCUGAUCAAGUGUAUCGACGACGGCGUUGAUGCUAGCUGCAUUUAUCUAUACAAACUCUGUUUUCUUGUUCAUUCACUAUGGCUACCUAGUUAAUUAAUUAUGAAACAGUUUAAUUGUGCUUAUAA